UUAAGAAAUGAGUUUAAAAAAAUGCUCCUCCUCCAUCAUUCCACUCUUCCCACGAGAUCGACUGUUUGACCUCUCGCUCAGGUUCCUGUAUUAUUCUUUUGCCAACAAAAUCUUACUCAGUUACAUUAGCGGCCGCUGCGGACAUGGCAACAUCCAACGAAUGCAGCUACAGCUAUGAGGAUUAUAGAGAAACAGCAGACUGGCUUCUUGCUCAUACAGAUUUCAGGCCCAAAGUGGCAAUCAUCUGUGGUUCAGGCCUCGGUGGAUUAGCUGACCUGCUGGACCACAAGAUUGCGUUUCCUUAUGAAGAAAUCCCCCGGUUUCCCCACAGCACAGUGCAGGGACAUAAAGGUCAGCUGGUGUUUGGAGAGCUCAAUGGAAAGCAGUGUGUUUGCAUGCAAGGCCGUUUUCAUUUUUAUGAGGGCUAUAACGUAGCCACAGUUACAUAUCCAAUAAGAGUGUUUUUUCUUCUGGGAAUUGAGACUCUGAUUGUGACCAAUGCUGCUGGAGGACUAAAUCCUGAAUUUAAAGUGGGUGACAUCAUGUUGAUCAAAGAUCAUAUCAACCUUCCAGGUUUUGCAGGCCAAAAUCCCCUGUGUGGUCGCAAUGAGGACAGAUUUGGAGUGCGCUUUCCCUGCAUGUCUGAUGCAUAUGAUAAAGACUUGACACUGCUGGCCAGGAAGACUGUUGAGGAACUGGACUGUGCCUCUUUCCUUCAGGAGGGCGUUUACUGCAUGUUGGCUGGGCCGUGCUUUGAGACGAUUGCAGAAUCCAAGGCUCUGCAGCUGCUUGGGGCAGACGCUGUGGGUAUGAGUACCGUUCCAGAGGUAGUGGUCGCUCGACACUGUGGGCUGCGUGUGUUUGGACUUUCUCUUAUUACCAACAAGGUGGUGACCGACUAUGACAGCAAGGAGAAGGCUAAUCAUGAAGAAGUGCUGGAAACCACACGCAUGCGAACCAAAGACCUCCAAAAGAUAAUAAGCCACUUGGUGACAAAUAUGUAGUGCAACCAUUUACAACAUUCACAAAAAAUUUGAGUUUGCUUUUUAAUAAUAAUCUUAUAGAGUUUUUCUUUUGAUAUUUUAACAAUGUAGAUUUAUAUGUUACCAUAUGCUUUUUAAUGUAUAUUGUUCAGGGUUACAGAGUAGCUAUAUAUACUAUAGACAUUCCAGUGCUUCUUAAGUCUAAAUUUAGAUCUAGGUCUAUUUUGUUUACCUCUGAAAAUGUCCAUAGCACAAUACAUAGUGGGGUAUUUACUAAUACACCACUGUGAGAGGCGUACGAGUUAUUAAGUUUAAGAUGUAUGUGAUGCACUCACGUGGAUUUUGAAGAACAACUGAAAAUACGCAGCAUUACAGAACAAUCAGUUUUUGUCAGUCUCGAAAGAAGAGUUAAAGAUCGAACAGACUUGAAGGAAACAAACACAACUCACAGUGAUGCAAUCCUCAGAUUGAUUUUCUAGUAGAGUUUAAAGCAGGACAGUGGCAAUUAUUUAACAAAUGAUCAAUUGAUCAGUUUUAUGUUUUAUCUUAUUCAAUUUUUUGAAUCAAAGUUUUAUUUUGUUGUCUGCAAAUAAUAACUGAAGAUGUUAAUAUAUAAUAACAAUAUCUCUUUGCACAUUAUAGAUUAUUUUAGAGAUAAUAUGUAUAGCAAAUAUAACAAAAAAUACACCAUAUAAUAUGUG